AUGUCAGUCAUAAAAACCAUCCUUACAUUUCCUGAUGUAUUAUUGUUUGUUCUACCAGCUUUUUUUAGGAAAAUCUUCAUCUUGCAUUUGGUAGGGCUGGUGCUAACUUACAACUUCACUAACUGUGACUACAAGAAGAUCAGACAGGCAUAUACGCAUAUCAUUUUCUGUGACCUGAAGGAAUAUAUGAAUGGGACCAAAAGUACCAGCUUCAACCAAAUCGAAUCCUGUUACAACCCAGUGAGUAGAACCAUCAGUGCUUCUGGCUUUCUCCCAGAAAGACGCCAGGCGUUCCAGGGAGGGAGUAUCUUGCGGAGUGCAGAUCCCCGGGCUACAUCUUUGUUGCGUCUUCCGUUCCUCCCCCACCUUCCUCGCAGCCCCUUUCAUUCAAUUUAUACUAACUCUCCCCCCUCCUUUUUUUUUUUUUCUCUUCUUCUUUCUUUCUGGUGUUUCCUUGUUCCUAACGUCGCGGCCGGUGAGCAGUCAGAUUGUCUCAUUAAAAUCGAGCACCAUACCUUCAAUCCCACCAGUGACUGCCUGUCACUCUCCGAGUCUUCCUUCGCCUUGAAAACGAAUACUACCCUCGUUUUCCAUUGCUCAGGCUACUCAGGAGUUCAGAAAAACAAUACCCAGGAAAUGAAACAAGAAGGAAUCAACAGUAACUGCCUCAACCAAACCUCACAAAUACUAGGAUGGUGGCGUCGUUUCUCUCGACUUUUAGGAAAAUAAAACUAUUUUAAUUCCUGUCAUAUUUUAUAACACCAAAAGAAAUAAUUUUUAUUAAAUAUAUAAAAUGUUAACUCUGUGACAUUUAAAAGAGCACUAAUAGUUAUUCUUUAACUACAGAAAGGUUUCUUAACUUAUUUUGGGGUCAGUCUGUAUUGUUUAAUGUGGGUUAUUUAAUGUGGGAAGUAUUGAUCCUCUAAUGUCAGGGGACACUUCUGUAACAUUGGUGACUGGCUUCAUGGCACUAAUUCUCAUCUGAAACUGUACAAGCCCUACUCUAGGGGGAAAACAAAUAAGUAUAGUAGAAAGAAACUUAAAAAAGAAAAGUGUUGGAUUCAAUGACAGCAUCUAACCCUCUGUUUUAAAAACAGGCAUUUAUUUUACAUGUUAUGAUUCUUUUCCUGUUCUCAUACUAAAACUCUAUAGAAGAAGAAAAGCAAAGCAAAUGAGAAUGUACAAAUCAUGGAAAGUAUAACGAAGCAAUUUGAAAGAAGUUUCAAGCGAAGUGUUAUGAAAAUAUUCUAAGCCAAGUUUUAAAAAUUAUCUAACAGACCAGAGUAGGAUAUGCAAGUAGAUUCUGAAGACGUACCUUUGUUACAGCUAUUAUAUAUAUAAUAAAUCUUAAAUUUUAUAUAAUAUAUUUUUAAUUUAU